GCUCUGUCUGCUUGCAGCUGUUUGUUUUUGAGUCCAGACAAGGGUGCCCGGGAGAGUCCACACGCCGGGAGCAUGUCAGCGUGGUUGCAGCGGCCCAACUAUGGAAAGCUCGAGCCGGGCAUGGUUGUGACCAAGAACACCUUCCUCGACCUUCGUGAAUCCCGCGAAGACGAGUCCGAGCCCAUGAAACAACGCUAUGCAACCUGCCCUGAGAGUCCGCUUGACUGGGCUGAAUCUUCUACCUUGCCUGAUGGAAGCCCGAUGACGGACGUGCACAGCAGCCUCUCUUCCUCCUCUGAUACGCCCAACACGCUCGAACUGAGCGCUAUGAGGGCACGUCAAACCUCUACAUCUGAGAGCGAGGUGCCAACUGAGACGGAGCAGACGAUGGACACUCCUCGCAUGACGGGCAUGUUCGGAACGCUUGAGCACUAUCCCGAGUACGAGCCGAAGAAGACCAGUCCACCCAACGUGGACUCAGACAUCUCGUCCGACACCAGGGCCAAGACCGACAAGACUGACAUCGGCAUCCAGGCCCGCAGGGACAGCAGCUGCAGCACCGAACCGCCCCGGCAGCGCCGCAACAGUCUGAUGCAGACGCAAGAACAGUGGGUGGACUACACACCAAGGCCCUCAGAGACCUCACCCACGGACUCGGCCGCCGCCUGGCCCGGCCAGGCCAUGCCGGCGCCGGCCAUGCCCCUCAUGCCUCCUUUCCCUCUGCCAUAUCCAACCAUGCCAAUAGCUAUGGUGCCACCGAUGGUGCCCUUCGUCCAUCCCUAUGCUGUGCCCUGGGCGCCGACGUUGGCUCCUUUCAUCCAAGCGCAGGCAGCCAUGGGUGCUUUGGGUGUGUUGCCACCGGUACUGCCACCUGUUGGACCCACAAUGCUGGUGCCACCGCAGUUGGCCCCCGCCGUGUCUGCGGAGGCCCCGGAGGCGGCGGAGUACGCCGAGGGCGAGUGGCAGGAGGCCACUCCCUUGGAGAGCGAGACGGUGGAGGAGAGCGGGAAGAGGGAUCGGAAUCCGCGGCCCUGCCGAAAGUUGCGGCUUUGGGCACACAUCUACCUGCACAUGCAGCAGGAAGGCUUUGAUCUUGUCCCACGCUUGAUUGGACGCAAAGGCUGCAACAUGAGGAAGAUUGCGGACCUCACCGGUGCAAAGAUCCGCAUCCGUGGUCGGGGCAGUGGCCACCUCGAAGUUGAUGGGAAAUAUGAAGCUCCAACGCCAUUGAUGGUGGCUGUGACGACCAACCUGGAAGAUCCUGACAAGAAGGCUUGGACCUCUCCAGUUCGGGACGUCCGUUUUGCGCUGGCCGUUUCGACAGGCGAUGCAGAUGACCUUGAAGGAGCUGAAAAGUGUAGAAGGUCGCUUCAAGAGCUUCUGCACGCAGAACAGCAUCGAACACGAUGGACCUUGCUAUUCAGUGGGCGUCUUGCAGGAGAAUGCCCAAGAGGCACUUGGAGAUUUGAUGGCAUGCAUUCCUAAGUUGUUGAUCAGAUGAUGUAGCUGCCAACAAGUGGCAUCAGGACUCCACUGCUGCUAAAGAGCUUUGAGAGUCUUUGGGCCGCUGCCCCAAGUGGUAUAAGAGCUGCAUUCUAUGCCCACGCUUAGGUUGAGUCAUCCUAAG